ACAAAAGACAAUUCAUUACAAGAAAGAAAAAUAAAAUGGGUGAAGAAUAUGAUCGAGGGAAAGAGAUUAAAGCAUUUGAUGAGACUAAAGCUGGAGUGAAAGGCCUUGUUGAUGUUGGCAUUACUCAAAUUCCUCGUUUCUUUCACAAAUCGAUAUUUGAUGAUAUUCCUUAUUUAAGAGAUCUCCAAUUUAGUAUUCCAAUUAUAGAUCUUAAAGGCCUCAAUGAUCCAAUCAAGAUCGUUAAUAGAGUGAGAGAAGCCUCUGAAAAUGGAGGGUUCUUUCAAAUUAUCAACCAUAGCAUUUCGAAAAGUGUUAUGGAAGAAAUGAAAGAAGGUGUUCGUCGGUUUUUCGAGCAAGAAACUAAGGUGAAGAAAGCGUUUUACACAAGAGAUUCCAGUAAAGCGGUGUUGUAUAACACCAAUGGUAAUUUGUAUACCUCUCCAUCUGCUGAUUGGAGAGAUACUUUUACUUAUCGAAUGGCUCCCAAUCCUCCAAACUUGGAAGAAUUGCCCCAUGUGUGUAGAGACAUACUUGUGGAGUAUUCGAAACAAGUAAUGAAAGUAGGAAUUUUUCUAUUCGAGUUGAUCUCUGAGGCUCUAGGGUUGAAUCCAAAUCACUUGUACAACAUGGAUUGCACAGAGGGUCAAAUACUCUUUUGUCACUAUUAUCCACCAUGUCCGCAACCAGAACUAACUAUGGGAGCAACCAAACACUCCGAUAUGAAUUUCCUCACAAUCCUACUUCAAGAUGACAUUGGUGGUCUCCAAGUUCUCAACGACGACAAUAAAUGGAUUGAUGUUUCUCCUCAACCGGGAGCUCUAGUUGUAAACAUUGGAGAUCUUCUUCAGCUUAUAACAAAUGAUAGAUUCAAAAGUGUUGAACACCGAGUUCUAGCGAGUCAUGAGGGUCCUAGAAUUUCUAUUGCAUGCUUCUUUGCCAAAUAUGUAAAUCCAACCUCCAAAUUAUAUGGACCCAUCAAGGAAUUGUUAUCAGAGAAUGAUCCUCCAAAGUAUAGAGAAACCACAGUGCAAGAGUAUAUUUCUUAUUUUAGUGAAAAAUGCAAUGAAGGAACUAAGCCCUUGGAUCGUUUCAAGCUCACCAAAAAAGAAUGAAGUAGAGUUAGGGUUGAGACUUUGCUUUUAUUAUAAAUAAUGAAUGAACUAAAUAGAAAUAGGAUUAUAUAUAUGUGAUGAAAAGUAUUAAUUGGAUUGUAAACAUCAAUGUAGAAACGCUAAUAAUUCUAUUGUUGAUUAUCUAUAUUAUUGUAUCUGUUAUAAGCUUGUUUAAUCAUUUGCCACUUUAGUUUUU